AUGAUUUAAUAUCCCUUCUUUAGUUUACCCCCAAAAUGUCACCAAGCAAUACCAAGUGUGCCAAGAAAAUUAUUGAAAGAUUAAUAUGAAUUACUUUCUACCGAUUUGGGAUAAGGAACCUAUGGAAAAGUGAAGUUAGCCAUAAAUAGAGCAAAUAACAAGAAAUGUGCUAUAAAAAUAAUCUCUAAAAGUUACAUAAAUUAAUACAAUGCAAAAUAACACAUCGAUAAUGAAAUCAAUUACCUCUAAUGUUGUAAACACAAGAACAUUGUAGAGUUUAUAGAAACGUUUGAGGAUAAGGAAAAUGUUUACAUUGUGUUGGAAUACUGUUAGAAUGGAACUUUGUAUGAGAUGAUUAAAAAGAAAAAAGUCUUUAGUGAAGAUGAAGCCUUUUCAUAUUUUUAUUAGAUAGCCCAAGCCAUACAGUAUUUGCACGAGAAAGACAUAGUGCACAGAGAUAUCAAGUCAGACAAUGUGUUGUUAUAGAAUAACACAGUAAAGUUAUGUGAUUUCAAUUGGUCAAUAUAUUUGCCAAAUGGAGGCAAAGCCAAACCUUGUAUAUGUGGGACUACUGAAUACAUGCCUCCUGAAGUGGUCAAAAAGUAGAAGCACGACAAAGGAGUUGAUGUGUGGGCACUCGGAAUAUUAUUACAUUACAUGCUGCAUGGAGAAUUGCUAUUCAAAGCCAAGAACAAAGAAGAAUUGCAUGAGAAGAUAUGUAAUAAGCAUUUGAUAAAAUUGAAUGAUAACUUAUCAAGUGAGUGCAAAUAAUUGUUACUCUAAAUGCUUGCUCAUUCAAAACGAAUCAAUAUUUAGUAAGUCCUGAAUUCUGAGUGGGUAAUUAAAAUGCUUACGAAUAAAAAUAUUUCACAUCCAUUAGAGUUGACUCCUAUUAAAAACAGAUCCAGUGCUUAUGAAUUAACUAGAUUUAGUGUGAUUUCAGAAUCGACUUGUUUCUCUAGUUCGAAAUUCACUACUAAAUCCUAUGACAUCGAAUCUCCGUUCAAAUAAUCCAAUAAUUGCGUAAAAUAAGCACCCCAGCCCUAAUAACCUCUAAAGGUGAAGAGCACUGCCUUGGAUCAAAAGAUUACUGCAUUUAGAGUUGAAAAAAGACAAAUUGAAUGAAGAAUUAAAACUUAUUUAUUUUUUAAUGUAAUAUUAUAAAUCA